GGCCGCCAAGUCUCGUUCAGCCGGUAACUGGUGGGAACUGGCCGCAUACGUGCCGUACCUCAGACCUGAAGUGGCGGCCGCGGAGCGAGGACCUGUUCACACCGCCAGCAAGGAGAAAGGCAUUUCAAUCACAUCACAAACAUGAAGAUCCUACCCUUAAUAGUACUGGUUGCGUGCGUGUCUUGGGAAGUCAGCGGAUGGCCACAGGACGAGGGGGAGCCCCGGGCGGUUCCCACCAGGGGGCUGCUCAAACGAGGACUCGCUAAAGGAAAACCCACCACCACAACCACCACGGAAGCCCCACAGGAGGAAGCUGAGUAUGAUGAGGACUACCCAGCUGAAGGUGAGCAUCAAGAACCGUCGACAGAGGCGCCCCCCUCCUCAACGGAGGGUAAGAAGCUGGUGGCUGGGGGAGUCAGGCCGUUCAGGAGUAACACCGACCUCCUUGAAACCCUGAAGAGGAGACGGGCACAGGCAGCCGAAGCUAAACUCCACGGGCACACCAACCACGCGUCUUCAGCGGCUGCUUCUUCGCAGGACAUAGUGACUGAAGCACCUUCUAAGUCAAGUUAUAGUAAGAAACGGUUCAAUAGUGCGCCUGCGCGCGAGAGCAACAACGAGGAAGCGCCAGCAGCCUCCAUCUCCAAGCCCAGUAAAUCAAGAUUUGGAAGGCCCGGAGCCAGGUCAGUAGCAGAACAAGAGCCUGAGGAGCAGAACGAAGCGGCCGUACCCCCCUCCAGGACCGGCAGAACGUUUGUCAGACGAGGCGGCAACUAGAUUUACAUCCUUACUUCCUCUAAGACUGUUCCAGACAUACCCAUAAAUACAAAGAAAUGAAUACUGUUUGCGAUGCCGUUUUAAAAAAAAAGUAACCUUAAAAUCUGCAUCACGGAAUUCUGUAUUACGGAGACAUUGCGUGCUGUUUUUGUGUGCCAUUUCAAAUUAUUAGGUAUCAAGGUAACAUUUACAUAAAUAAAUUUACUUAAAAAAAUAAUUAAAAUGCGCUAGUUUCAAAAUACUCUACAUCACGUACUGUGUACCAAGAUGCGUUGAAAAUUCUACGACUAUCAGAAUAUAGUGCUUCAUAGUGUGUACUUUAUGUACGAGUAUAUUAUACUCGUACGUAUAUUAUACUCGUACCAUCUUAUUUUGCACCUGUGAUUUUGUGGUUAAUUUAUACUAACAGCAAAAAAAAGAUUUACAAAGAAAAGAAAUGAGUUCAAGCCGAUCCACCUGUAUAAUAAGACUAGAGGCCGCCCGCGACUUCGUCCGCAUGGAAACCCUAUCAAUCCCGCGGGAACUCUGGGAUAAAAAGUAGCCUAUGUGUUAUUCUGGGUCUUCAGCUACCUACAUACCAAAUUUCAUGGUAAUCGGUACAGUAGUUUUUGCGUGAAAGAGUAACAAACAUCCAUACAUCCAUACAAACUUUCGCCUUUAUAAUAGUAGUAGGAUGAAGAAGAUGUUCUUUUUGUUUUAAGUUUUGAGAAAAAAUUCAAGGUCAAAAUUCAAAUUCAUUCAAUUAAAGGUUAACGAAGUAAGCAUUUAUAUUACCUUUCAACAUAGAAUACAUUACAUAAAUGAUAUAAAUUUCUUUAUAACUUUAUACUGAUUUAAAACUUUUGCGUUAAAUUAUACAAUUAACAAUAAUACGCGCGCGUAACGUGCCUUUAUUAAACGCCCUCGUAACGUGCCUUAAUAAACGUCCUCGUAACGUACCUUUAUUUUAUCUCGGACGUAAUUCAUGUUACAAUAUCCGUAGUCACCGAGCUAAUGCUGUGACAGUCGCUCGGUGAUAAUAAUACUUACCAAUAUUCUUGAUGCUAGCACUUAAUACUUAAACACACAGGUGUAAAAUCCUUUAAUCCUUUGUAUUUAUGGGCGAUGGUCUGGACCUAUAUCCCAACCUUGCCUAAUCUUCACGUGAGCUCCCAUGCCAUCCCAAACUGGUCUCACUCUCAAUCUGAAUUAGAACUUUUGUACUUACUAUGUGUAAAUUAUACUUAUAAGUAUUUUUAUAAAUAAUUUUAAAUAAAUG